UACUACAGUGGACGGUUUUAAACUCGUUUAAAGUGCACGUGUCGUCUCCUCUCCUCAGCCGUUUCUCUUGUUACUAAGCGGCUGUGGUAUCUCUGCCGGCCAAGAUACUUUUUCCGCACUCUUGGCCUCUUCUAAUACCUCCGCUACAAUCACCAUUAUUGAAUUGCUACAUUUUGAGAUUUUAUUUUCUUUGGCCUUUUUUGGUGUAAAAAUUUUGAACUCGGAGGAGAGCGAAAAUGGUAAACGAGAUUCGGUUCUUCGAAUUGAACACUGGAGCUAAGAUGCCAUCGGUAGGGCUGGGCACGUGGCAGGCGGAACCUGGUCUCGUCGGCGCUGCCGUAGCCGCUGCCGUUAAGAUUGGUUACCGCCAUAUUGAUUGUGCUCAAGCUUAUAGCAACGAGAAAGAGAUUGGUGCAGUGUUGAACAAGCUAUUUGAAGAUGGUGUGGUGAAGCGUGAGGAAUUGUUCAUUACCUCAAAACUCUGGUGUAAUAAUCAUGAACCAGAAGAUGUGGUUAAAGCACUGGAAGGAACCUUGCGGGACCUACAGCUUGAUUAUGUUAAUUUGUACCUUAUCCAUUGGCCAUUAAAGAUGAAGAAAGGGUCAGUUGGCUUCAAACCUGAGAACUUUGAACAACCAGACAUUCCUAGCACAUGGAAAGCUAUGGAAGCACUCUAUGACUCUGGAAAGGCUCGUGCCAUUGGUGUGAGUAACUUCUCCUCAAAGAAACUGGGUGAUCUACUAGAGGUGGCACGUGUUCCUCCAGCCGUGAAUCAAGUAGAGUGUCAUCCAUCAUGGCAGCAAGCCAAGCUACGUGCAUUUUGUCAGUCCAAGGCAGUUCACCUCUCUGGAUAUUCACCUUUAGGAUCUCCUGGCACUACAUGGCUUAAAAGUGAUGUCCUCAAGAAUCCAAUCCUCAACAUGGUUGCAGAGAAAUUGGGAAAAACUCCUGCACAAGUAGCACUUCGGUGGGGCCUGCAAAUGGGCCAUAGCGUUCUUCCUAAGAGUAUAAAUGAAAAUAGGAUAAAGGAAAACUUGGACGUCUUUCAAUGGUUUAUUCCAAAAGACUUGUUUGGCAAGUUUUCUGAAAUUGAGCAGGGAAGACUGGUUAAAGGAACCUCAUUUGUCCAUGAGAUAUAUGGCCCAUAUAGGAACAUUCAGGAACUGUGGGAUGGUGAGAUGUAAGCAGCUAUCUUGUUUCGAUGGAGGAGCAUCAAGGGUGAGUGAAAGGAAAGGGUUGCAAUAAUUGAUGCUUUUUCAGUAUGCUUUUGUGCUUGGAAAUGGAGAAUCAUUGGCUACAAAUAUUUGUCACUCUGUUUGAUGACUUCUUCAUUACAUUAAAUAGUUCGACAAUUGAAACUUUCUGUAGCUUGAAGCUUGUUGGUAUUUGAAGGAGGUUAGAAUUUCGUACAUGAUUGCCCAUUGAGAAGUUCAUAAGUAUAUGACUAGUGUCUCUGUAGGAUUGUAUUGGAGUUCUGGCUUAUCAUACCUAGUUAUCAAUCCUACUUCCCAGAUAAUCUAUAUUGUUUGGAAUAAAUUCCUGUGCAAUUUGUUUCAUUUAUGAAUGAUUUUUUUUUUU